GCGCGGCAGCUUCCGGCCGGCUGGGUGCAGAGGAGGCCGAGCGGCUCGGACGCGGUCGCGCGUGCGGUGGGGGCGUGUCGGCGAGAAGUCGCGGGGCCCGAGCUCGUGGAGCCGGCCCGUGCGAGCACGGUGAGCAGAGGCGAGCGACGGCGGAGGGCGACCCGAGCCGGCGAGGUGGGGCGCCAUCCCUUCCCUCCUCGGCUUCCGCUGGGCCUGGAGGCGGACACCCCGGCCUUCACCCCGUAGAGAGAGAGCGAGCCCUGCUCUGCCCGACUCCCCGGGAUUUCUUUCUCUUUCCGGGGUAGCCAUGGAUGCUUCGACUCCUGUGCCUCCCGCAUCCCCUUCUCCGAGAUGCAAGCCAGCCCCGCAGACAAUCCACAUUGAGUUCCCUCAUCAUAGCUCUUCGCUGCUGGAAGCCCUGAACCGCCACAGGCUGGAGGGAAAGUUCUGUGAUGUGUCCCUCCUGGUUCAGGGCAGGGAACUCAGGGCUCACAAAGCGGUGUUGGCUGCUGCCUCUCCUUACUUCCACGACAAGCUGCUCCUGGGGGAUGCGCCCCGACUGACUUUACCGAAUGUCAUCGAGGCAGAUGCCUUCGAGGGACUGCUUCAGCUCAUUUAUUCCGGGAGCCUCCACCUGCCGCUGGAUGCUCUCCCUGCCCAUCUCCUGGUAGCCAGUGGCCUUCAGAUGUGGCAAGUAGUAGACCGGUGCUCGGAGAUUCUCCGAGAACUAGAAACGUCCGGUGGGAUUUCAGCGGGCGGAGGAGCCUCCAGCCUCACACUUCUUUCCACGACAUCCUCAGGAGGCUGGUGCAUUCGGUCUUCCCCUUUCCAGAACCCAGUCCGGGCCUCUGCUUCUACAGAGAAUUCUGUUGGUCCUGAGCGCCCCGCCGGAGGGCAGGGGAGUGAACCAGAAGGAGUGUUACAGGUCCAGGUGAAAGUGGAGGAGGAAGAGGAGCAGGGGUCCGCAGCCCCGCUCUUUCAGACGCCUCAGCCUGAGAGAGUGUCGGGAGGGGUUUCCCAAGCUUGCGGAUCCCUCCCAUCGCCUACUUCUGCUCUUCCCAGCAAGCCUUCAGAGGAUGAGAACUCGGCACUGGAUCCUCCUACCCCUCCGGUACAAGCUUCCCAAGUCUUAUAUGUUAGUCAGGAAAACGGCGAGUGUAAGGAGGAGAUGUCAGGAGGCAAGACUCCGCCUGGAGGAGCAGAAGAAAAGACCAACGUACUGCCUGGAGGGGACUCUGAGGAGAAGGGGGAGCUGCGCUACUUGCUGUCCUCAGGAGGAGGAGAAACGUCUGGGGCAGGAGAUUCAUCCUGGAAACCAGUGGAUCUUCAUGGGAAUGAAAUCCUGUCAGGGGGUGGAGGGCCCGGAGGACCCGGGCAGGCUAUGCAUGGGCCUGUGAAGCUAGGAGGGACACCCCCUGCGGAUGGGAAGUGCUUUGCUUGCUUGUGUGGAAAACGCUUUGCCGUAAAGCCAAAACGAGACCGACACAUCAUGUUGACCUUCAGCCUUCGACCUUUUGGAUGUGGCAUCUGUAAUAAACGUUUCAAGUUGAAGCAUCAUCUGACAGAGCACAUGAAGACCCACGCUAGAGCUCUGCAUGCGUGUCCCCACUGUGGCCGUAGGUUCCGCGUCCAGGCCUUCUUCCUUCGCCACCGGGACUUAUGCAAGGGCCAGGGCUGGCCCACUUACCACUGGACUUACAAAUGACUACUAAUGCUCUGUCGUGGUUUCUAGGACAAGAAAGCCACUGCUGCUGAUGGACUCUUACCUUUCACCACCUCAGCCCUGGGUUGUGUAAUCAUUCCAAGAGAUUAUCUAUGUUGUUAUAAACCCUCACUCUUGGGUAUGGGUCUCACGAUGGUAGUCCAGGUUUAAACAGAGUGUAGAAAGUCAUGCUUACCCUAAAUGACCCUUUCUGUAUUGAUAGCCAGUGAAGCAACUGCUGACCUCAGAUUCAAUUAGUGAGAGAAGAGUUGGAGCAAAAUGAUCCAAUAACUCUUACCUCAUCUUCAUGGGGAGGUGAGGGAGCUGGUCUCCAGCUAGGCAUACAUUUGAAUUGCCAGACAAUGUCAGCAGUGUUCUGUUUCUGUGUUUUCUGACAUUUCUUUCCAGGUGUUUUUUAGGUUCUCACCAGUAGACACCUUUUCCCAAG